AACACAUCGAGUCAUGAAGAUGGAGAACUCCGCGUCGAGCUAUCGCCACUGAACCCACCCACCCACACGCUCACUCGCCGUCUCGCCUGCGGAGUAAGGGAGAAGGAAGAAACGAGAGGUAAAGAAGAGGGCGAAACGAUGUCGAGCGCAGCUCGGCCGUCGGGGGCCUGCCUCAAGUGCUUACUGGUGGUCUUCGCCGUCGCCUCGGCGCUCUGCGUCUCCGGCCCCGCACUCUACUGGAGGUUCAAGAAGGGCUUCGCCUCCACCCAGUCCCUUUCUUCUUCUUCUCAUCCCGGAUGCGCGCCUUGCGUCUGUGAUUGCCCGCCUCCCUUAUCCCUCGACGCCAUUGCCCCGGGGUUGCUGAACCUCUCUGUUACAGACUGCGGGAAAAAUGAUCCUGAGCUUAGCAAGGAGAUGGAGAAGCAUUUUGUGGAUCUCCUUACGGAGGAACUAAAGCUACAAGAGGCUGUUGCUCAGGAACAUGCCCACCACAUGAAUGCAACCCUUGUCGAUGCCAAAAGAUUGGCUUCUCAAUACCAGAAAGAGGCCGAGAAGUGCAUUGCUGCAACGGAGAUCUGUGAGGAGGCAAGAGAGCGAGCCGAGGCAGCCCUGAGGAAGGAAAAGAAGAUUACAGCAAUGUGGGAGCGGCGGGCCCGUCAACUCGGCUGGCAGGAAGCAUAGUUCUCAAUUUAUUUUCUUUUCUUCUGCUGCUUGCCCAUUUCAAGUCAUCUUACUGGUAUUUAUAUCAUAGCAACAAUCAAACCGGAGAAAGGAGGUGCCACGGUUAUCUAAAAUGUUGUUCGUGUUUGAACGAGUUUGUCUGAAAACUAAUAUGCUGCAGCUAAACUCCGUAGAAAAGAUUCAGUUAUUUCAGUGAUAUGGGAAAAGUCAUUUCCAUC